CGGCAGCAGGAGGAGGCGGCGGCGCUGAGGUACGGACGCCCGCCCCCAACAGGUGCAGGGUCCUCCCAUGAGCCGGCCCAGAGGGGACGGGGCUCGGCACCGCGUGGGGAGAGGAAGAGCCGGGCAGGGGUACCAGGCCCGGAGCGGGAGAACCGAGGGAGCCGUAGGGUGAGCGGCGAUCCCCAGCCGGGCCGGCCGCCUCCGGGUCCAUGAGCCGCCGCCAGCCGCCGCCCGGUUCUGCCGCCGCCGCCGGGCCCAGCUCCCCCAGCCCCGCUGCCGCUUCCGCCGCCGCUCCGCCGCCGCUCCGGAGGACGGUCCCGCUGUGAAGAGGAUGGCCAUGACCUUAGAGCAGGCCCAGCGGGUGGGCUACACCUUCCUGAAAGCACUCCUCAGGUUCGCUUUUAUGGUCGCCAAUAACCUGGUCGCUAUUCCGUCCUACGUCCUGUAUUUAAUUGUCCUGCAGCCUCUCCGACUGUUGGAUAGCGAGAGCUUCUGGUACAUCGAAGGAGUGAUGUUUAAAUGGCUGUUGGCUAUGGUGGCUUCCUGGGGCUGGUGGGCCGGAUACACAGUAAUGGAAUGGGGUGAUGAUGUUAAAGCGGUAUCAGAAGAUGAAGCUGUGGUGCUGGUGAACCAUCAAGCAACGGGUGAUGUCUGCACUCUGAUGAUGUGCCUUCAGGAUAAAGGCACGGUUGUCCGUCAGAUGAUGUGGCUGAUGGAUCAUAUUUUUAAGUAUACAAACUUUGGCAUUGUCUCACUAAUCCACGGAGACUUCUUUAUAAGACAGGGAAAAGCACACCGUGACCAGCAGCUCGUGUUACUCAAGGAGCAUCUAGAAAAAUAUUACCGGAGCCGCAAUCGGAAAUGGAUUGUUUUAUUUCCAGAGGGCGGCUUUCUUAGGAAAAGGAGGGAAACAAGCCAGGCAUUUGCCAAGAAAAACAAUUUGCCAUUUCUUCAGCAUGUCACCCUGCCAAGACUCGGGGCAACUCAAGUGAUUCUGAAAACACUUGUAGCUCCGCAAGAAAAUGGAACUCCUGCAGGUGGAGAUGCUGUGAUAAAAGAGAGCAAAUCAAAGGGUCUCCAGUGGGUGAUAGAUGCAACCAUUGCAUAUCCCAAAGGUGAACCUAUAGACAUCCAAACCUGGAUUCUUGGCUACCGACAACCAACAGUUACACAUGUACAUUACAGGAUUUUUCCAAUUAAAGAUGUACCUGCAGAGCCCGAAGCUCUCUCACAGUGGCUGUAUCAACGAUUCAUUGAAAAGGAGGAUCUCUUGUCCCAUUUCUAUGAAACAGGAGCUUUUCCUUCACUGCAGGGUCAAACAAAAGCUGUUUCUCGGGAGAUGACCCUCAGCAACCUGUGGCUGGUCGGCAUACAAUCACUUGCGUUUUUGUCAGGCGGUAUGUGGUACUGCAUCUUACAGUAUUUUUAUCAUUGCCUGUUUUAAAAGUGGAAUGGGACCUGAGGACACAGUGGGAAUCGAGGCUCUUGCAAAUGAGUACCAUGUUGUAUGUGCAAAUGUGAGUAUACAAGAGUAAAGGAGAAUACUGGACGGACUCUCACCUCUCUUUGGGGAAAUUUUAAACUCCGCUGAAAGAGAAGAUCAGUAGCAUAGUGACCUGAUGAUGUAUUAUUUUAAGAAUUGUCUGUAUUUUUAAGAAGUGUAUACUCUCACCCACACUUGAGCAAACUCAGCAUUUGGACAAAAGGUGCAAUCGUACAACCACCGUAGAAGAAUGUCUGCAACAAGAAAACCGUCACCAUAAGUAUUUCUCGGCGUUGUAGUUAGAGCUCAGAAAACUCAGCAACUUGUCUCUUCAGUAGUCUGUGCAGCAUUGGUGUGGUAGAGAUUCCUCAUUUGCACAAACGUGUGCUUUAUUGCAGCUCAUUGUGCUGGAGCCAGAGAUUUCAGCGGAGCUGAUGGCGGCAUCUUUGCCAUUGCCUAGUCAGCAGCUGCUGUCUCAAACUCAUUGAUCUCAAACCGAGACCCCAGCAGGGUCCUGUUCAGGUGUGUUUCGUGAGGAAUCAGUCCUUAAAAAAGCAUUGCCUCAUCAUAGUGUGAUUAGAAGUUAUCCGUAGUUGAUGAAUCAGCCCAUCCCUGCUGUGGUCUUACCAUCAGCUAACCGAAUUCUGUGUGCUACCCGUAGCUCAUAUUAUGAGGAAACUUGGCAAAUUAUAGUCACUUGAUCUGUUUUUCUCCCUUUGUUCAGAAUACAUCUAGUUGACCAUCGUCACUUUUCUAAAUGCACUUUUAAAGGCGAAAAUACAGUGAAAGAAAGACACAGGGAGUAGGGGAAAGCUUUAUCUGCCAUGCAUCGACCAAUUGCCAGAGCAAUGCCAGCUGUUUCUGAAGGCCCGCUGGUGCUGCUGGUGAUUUUUAGCCACCUUUGUACUUUGUAUACUGCAGUCCAACCAAGGUGACCUUUGAGUGGUUUAUAGAGGCCUUUUUCUCCCCUGCUAGUUGCAACAGCACUAAAUGUACUUGUGGGAGAGUUUAAAUGAUUCAAUGCCAACCAUCUUAAUGUUUUGCUAAGAAAUAACAGAGGAAAACUAGUUUCUUAGAAAAAUACAUAUUAAAAAACAAACAAAAAAAAAAUAGUAGGUGUAAUUGCUACCAUGAAUCUCUAUGAGGAUAUCACUAGAAAAGAAAAGCAAAAGCAAGGGUAAAUCAUCUGAGUGACUAUACAGAGGGCAGUAUUAAUUAGCUCACCAGCAUGCUGAAAAUCAUAAUGGAAGAAUGAAGUCAUUUUAAAGGCAAAGCAGAACAGAAGUUCAGCUCCGUUUCCAGAUGUAUAAAACGAGAUGCUCUCUAAAGGGAGUCUGCGGUGUGUGUCCUGACCCCGGCUGGUCUAGUUGGCAUUGUCUUUGUGUGAUUAUACACAGAUUUGAGAGAGCUGUUCCUAAAAUAAAAUUAAUCUCUCUAAAUACGAGCAGAGGAGCCAGAACUUGAGAUGUGGCAAUGCUGCCUUUUGUACGGUGGUUUUACUGAGAACCAAGUAAGCCCUCAGCGGUUUUGGCUCUCAGUUAGUGAUAUUGAUCCCUCUUCUCCUGCUAUCGAAUCUGUGGGCGACAUGCAGAAACAAACACAGUCAGUUCCUUUGGAGGAGCAGGAUGAGCGUACCAACGUAUGAGGCAAGGCUGAUUUCCUUGAUGUAAUUGAAAAGCCCUUUGUCAAAUUUGCCACUUCUCUCUCGCUCUAAAAUGAGCUUUAUCUUGAAGUAGCUCUGUGAGGAUGGCUGUGAAACCACAGACUGUGACAAGUUCCCCUGAGCUGUGAGUCCCCUCAUGGACUUACAUGUACCACUGCAGUGGGAAGGCAAAGGACAGCGUUUAUCUAGAUAUAGAGCCUUAAUAUUUUAUUUAGGAUGCUGUCUGUAAAUCCCACCUGUCUUACACCUAGCCCCAUACCUGAACGCUGGUGUAACAUAAAGCCACUUGAGAAGAGGUAUGCUCUGAAAAGGGAGUCUAAGUCCUUUCCUGUUGCUCUUGCUAAAUCACAGCUGAUGGAAUGAAUGUAUUUAAUCUGCUUUUUUCCAGGCAGGUUCUGGGGCAGCCCAUCACCAUCAGGUGUGAGUGGUCAGGCUGCAGCAAUUGGGCACAAAUGGACUCUCAAAACUGCAGAAUGCAGUUGGUGAGCUAAUCAUUGCUGUCCUCCACAGGGUGGGUCGAUCAGAGCCACAGAGAUGCCCUUAUUUUACAGCUGUUUUAACGUGAGAUAGGACAGACUGGAGUGAUAAGAAAAGGGAAGUUUCUAUAAGCAGAUUGCACAGCAGUAACUUGCACCUGGAGGCUGUUUGUAACUGAUCCAGUAAACUCCAUGUAAGAGCAUACUCUUUUUUCCUUUGCAAUGCAGUAUUUUUUCCAAUGGAUUGCAGUCAACAGCGAGUGUUCACACACUGCCUGAAGAAAUUAGUAAUGCGCAAUAAUGUUUCAGGUAAUCCUGUGGUUCAUCUGGUCCCGUGCAUUUUCAGUUAGUUCCUUUAAGGUUCUCAGUAUUGAGAGACAUCUGUUUGAAAGCACUGGUUGUUGUUUUGAUAGGUUGAGUAAAUAGUAUUAGGUCUUAGGCUUCUUUCCUGCCUGCUCUGGAACAUGUGAACAGAGUGUGAUGUUGUCUCUGGCUCCGGCUGAGCUGCUGUAGGUGACAGUCGAAUGAAACUGAAGAAAAUCCAAAGUAUCCUCCCAGCAUGAACUCGGAUGCUACUUUAUGUGUUGGUGAAGGCCAGAGCUUGGCAGGCAAGCUUGUAAAACAUUGGAUCCCUGUGGGUUCCGGCUGGGUCGGACCUUCUGGCGUUGGCUGGGGCUACAGCUGGGGCAGGCGCUGUGCUGCUGCAGCCAAGGGUGUCCUCUUCUGAAGAGUUCAACCUGCACUUGAUAGAAGUGUUUGUGAACCAUGCAGUUGAUCACAAAAUGGUUAAUUGCUGUGAUUUUAAAUACGUGUUAGGAGAAAUAAUAUGGGAGAAUGUAUAUAGUGACAACAGGAUGAAAGAAAUAAAUGGAAAGCUGUUGCACACACAAGUGAGAACAUGGCGGUUCAAGUUCAUUGUGAAUAAAGGCGUUUCUCUGUCAGGGUUGUGCUCAACAUUCCUAAGUUUCUCCGUUUAAUUGUUCAUAAACAAGUUUCACUGCAAACUGUGCAGGUCCCAAUGGCUUCGCGUUACUGCUCUUACUGAACUUCAUCAGAAGAAGAUGAUCUGCCCCUCCAAAACGAGCAGCACUUCUAUUUUAGUGCCCUUUGCGUGUACCUUCCACACAGAUUCUCUUUCGUUGUAUGUAUGGUUCUGUUACCACUCAUUUCGACAGUGAUGACUCUGGCAGGAGGGAUUUAUUUUUUUUCCAGCUGCUCUCAUCAGAUUCUGAAAAGAAAGAUUGCAAUUAACCUCACUGCCCUGAAAAUUACCAGCUUCCUUCUCCCUGUUCCACCCCGAGCCUCAAAACAGGAUGCAUCUUGCUGCAUUGAAAUGACUGCUGUGGUACUGCUCCUUACCCAUCUUCUUGUACACGAUGUCAUUGUUUGGGGCGUUUGGCCAUAAAGUGCUGUUAACUCUGUCAAUUUUGUUUGCCUAAGUGAAUGCAGAUACACCAAUCACUGUGUGUGACAGAUCCAGCUGCUCCGCUUUGCCUUGACAUACAGUGUUGGAACCAAAGGCACUUAAAGCUGGGAGCGGGCGCGUUCUGAGGCAGCAAGGCUGGAGGCUGCAUGCUGGGCUGAUACAAUCACACAACGUAAUGAUGCAUCCGGGUACUGUAUCGUUUGGAAAUAGUGGAGCCAUGCGAAAUAAAGGGUUAUUUUGCAAAACUGCAUACUUGAGAACUUUUACACUUCUUUGCUUUUUUUUUUUAAGAACAACAAUUGCAAGAGCAAAACAAAAUCCAUUCUGUGAUUUUUUAAGUCUGCGUGCAUUAUGAACGCUCCUGAGCAAUGUCAGCUUUCCUGUGCUAAAGCUGUGGAGUCUGCCUGGGAUGCAGGAAGGAUUGAGAAGGAUUCUGUGUGUUUUGAAGUCCAAUCUUUGGUUUAAGCACUGAAUGCUGAAGUUUAAUGAUACACUGAACAGUUGUCCUCUUACAGUGAGCGAGUGCUUUUAAAGCUUCUCUGCAAUGGUGUUCGUUUUGGACCAUAAAAGUUAGUUUUCUUGAUAGCAAUUAUGUUAGCAUCCGAUUUUCUCCUUCCCCACGUUAACCACGCCAUGCUCUGUAUGACAGAUGGGUGCAGUUACCCUGUGACUGUGCAGAUGGCUGUUGUGGAUGGAUUUGUUGCACUGGAAUUAUUUCAUUGGGUUUUCACCAGGUAUUUCCAGCAGCCACGAUGUUGUUCAGAACUGCAGGCAGAUACCAGAGGAAGCAUUUCUCUUCAGAGGCUCUCAGAACAAAACAGCAGAGAUGUUUUUGUUUGAGGGCUGUUAUUUAUUGUGCUUGUAUCUAAUAGAUGCACAGUCUGUGCUCGCUAUGAAGACCACAAAUACUAGGGGGAAAAAAACCAGUUCACCAUGCAGCUGAGAGUUAAGUGACAGCAUUGGUUAUGGAGCUCUGUGGAAGGAUAAAUAGAGGAACCUCUUUGUACCAGCAGCGGUGUGAGGGGAGGAGUGGAGCAGCAGGUUGGGGAAAGCAAUUCCUGCAGCCAUCCUCUGCUCAGGUACCUGCUGGAAGCUGUGGGUGCUCUGCCUGCAGUUCCUGCGCAGGGUGCUGUGUAGCAAUGAUUCCCCUCAAAGUUCCUAAGAGUUCGUGGGAUGCUGGGAACAGAACCCAUGUCCCCACUGAGCCCAGGCUGCUGCCACCCAGGAGAGAUGGGAGUCCGACCUUGUGAGUGAGGCCGUAGUCGUUUGGCAGAUGCACCUGUUGAAAAGCGCAGUCUGCUUUUAAACAGCUUCAUCUGGGCAAAGCCAUGUGGAGCAGAACAGCCCCAUCCAUUCUGCAGCCCUGACACAGCGCUCAGUUGCCACGUGCAGCGUUACCUGCUCAGCGUGCAGUGCUGCAGUGUGACCCAGCAAGGAAUUCCUCGGUGUGGAGGAGGAGUCUGGCCAGCAGUGAUGGCUGAAGCUCCAUCUACCUCUUUGUUUCCCCUCUGGGCUUUGUGCUCUUCGUUGUGUGGUGUUUUCCUGUGAGGGGUGGGGGGGAGUUGGGGAGGAAAAGCCUGAAAUCUAAAUGAAGACACGGGUGGGAGACCCACUGCUCACCGGCUGUGUCAUCGUUCUGAGAAGCCAUUGUUGUAAAUCCAUUCCUGCCUCGUGUUAAAUGUUUGUUUGAAAAAAAAAUGGAAACAAAAGUCUUUCCUGCUGGGAAGAAAAGAUGUAUUUUUAAAAAGGAAGACGUCCUUUUGGCUAAAGGAAUGUCAGCUGUCUGAGUUGUGCCCAUAUCAUGACGUGCUGGUCAGAUAUAAAUAAAUCUGUAUCUCUCAGGA